UUGUGACAGUUAUGCGAGCUCGUAAAUAAUGUAGUAAAACUUUCAUUUUCGACGAUUUCCAACAUAAUUUCGACUCAUAGUGAAUCAAAUAAUGGAUUUUCCGAUGGCAAACGCUGCGCCAAUGGCCACAACCCUGGAGGAUUUCCGAACCACUUGCCGGUUGUGCUUUCUCCGCGGCCAACAGUUGGAGGAUUCGCUCGCGGUUGACCUGCUAGCGAGCAAAAUUGAGCACUGCCUCGGAAUUACGAUUACACAAGACGACUUCCCAGCGACCCUAGUCUGCUCGCGAUGCGUAACUCUGCUGAACCACUUCCACCACUUCAAGCAGCUCUGCCUGGGCUACGAACGCACCUUCCGGGACAUCGUCCGGAAGCAGCGGGAGGUCGUUCCGACGUCGUACCCACCAAUGGUGGUUAUCAAACCGGAACCGCCCGAUCACGCGCCCAUUGAGUUGGAACCGCUCGACGUGAAGCAGGAAACGACUUUUGACGACGAAGCGCUCCCGUCGACCUCAAGCUACGUUCCCGCCUUGAGACCGGUCAAAGUUGAAAAUCUGCAGGAGAAUGGUGCGGUUGCGCGCCAACCAGGGAAGCGAUCACGGAACCUGAACGACGCGUCCGCGUCGGAGAUCCCCUCGGAACCGCUGCGCAUGGUUUACGACGGCCAUCGGUACACGCUGGUGGAGUUCUUCCCGGAUGGGACGUGCUUCUGGCGGUGCUGGGGCUACACCUGCAAGAAGUUGCUGCAUGUGAGUCCCGAGGGGCGGAUUUACACGCGGAAGGACAGCGUCGAGCACUCGCAUCCGGCCUGCAUCGCGAGGGUUAGUGAGGUUGCGGUUGAGGGUCGGCGGGAGUUGUUUGCGGUUUUUGACGAUGUUCACGCUUGUACGAUGAUGGUGUUUAGGAACGCGCUGUGGGGGGUGGUUCCGGGGGAUGGUUGCUUCAUCGCGACCUGUCGGGAGAUUGUGGCAGCGGAAAGGAGGACGUGCGGGGCGAAGAUCCGGAUUCAGGUGGGGUACGCGAGCUUUGAGUUUGUAACGGCGAAGUGUGCAGGACACGGGAUGGAGUUGCAAUACUUGAUCCGGAGGACGGCGGAGCCGUUGGAGGGGGACGUGAUCGUGUGGGACGAGUUCCGGCGGAAGUAUCCGUUCUACCUGUCGGAUGGAAGCAUUUUGAACGAGAGCCGCUACUUGCACAUGUACGUCGGAGGAUUUCGCUACACGAAUCAGAGUUUGCUGUGGACUGGCGGGUCGUUGCUGCGGUGCGCGCAGCAAAAGUGUCCGGCGAAGGGCCGGUUGAUGACCAGCGGACUGUUUGUGGCGCCGACCCAUCCGCACGAGGUGGCGGAACAUCUGCAGGGGACAAUCUGGAGCGUGAAGCGCCAACAGCAGGAUCGAUUCUUCGUUCAUAUCACGCAGAAAAAGACGAUGGCCACGCUGCACUACAACACGUACAGCUAUGCCCUGCGGGACGAACGCCGGAACGUGUGGUGCUGCUACCCGGACAGCUGCAACGCGUCCUUACGAAUCGAGGGAGAUUUCGAACGGAUCGUGGAAGAGAUCGAGCAUACUCACGACGGAACGCUGACCGUGAUCCGGGACGAUGAAACUCCUGAGAGUGAGUUGGUCUUGUCACCGGCAAAGGGCAACCGGAAGCGACCUCGAGACGCGUCCGCGUCUACCGUGGAAGAAGUACGAGCUCCCUGCGAGCUCGACGCCUCAACAAGUUCCCCCAAACUUGCCACAAUCCUCCAACUCUUAGUCAAGAAAACGGCCAAACAGCUUGAAUACACAGCCCCAAGAACAAACCCUCUCCUGCACCACUUCAACGGCCACACGUACAACAAACUAAUCAUCCAACCAAACGGCACCACCAAACUCGAGUGCAACAAGUUCCGCUGCCCCGGCCGAACCGUCCUCAACACCACCAACCAAACCGUCCUCUCCGCCACGGAACAUUCCCACCCGAAAACCUUCACCACCUACGGAACCAUCCAGGACGUGGCCACCGGCACCAAUCUUCUCUACAUCUUCAUCAACGGAACCCAAAGAAGAAUCACCUACUUCGUGUGCAACGGCUUCCGCUACAACUGCCUCGCCAAGGGCUCAGUUCGCGAAGCCAACUCCGAGUGGGUCUGUGCCAAGUGCACCGUCCGCAUCAUGCUCAGCGACGGCUUCUCAACGAUCGAGCAAAGCUCGACUCACAAUCACGAACCCACCGACCUGAUCAUCCCAUCCUCCUCCGAAGGAGAAGGAGAACCCUCCGAAGCAACCCCAAGCUUCGACGAGGUGAUCUGGGGCGACCACCGGUACACCUCCGCAAUCCACAUGCGCCGCCAGAACCGCAUCAAGUGGCAGUGCUGCCAGCGGAAGGAAUGUCGCGGCGCCAUCUUCCAGUGCACGGACGGAACGUUCGAGGUGGUAACGCCGCACGAUCACGAGGGUCCCGUGCAGUGCUUGGGGGAGGCACGGUUCGAUCGGGACCAGAAGGUGGCGGAUCGGUACGCGAUCUUGAAGGCGGGCGAACGGCCCAAGUGUCGGACGUUGAUCUUCCGAAGUCAGAAGUAUCUCGAGGGAAGCGGGAAUGAGUGGGUUUGUGUGAGGAAGUUGUGCAGUGGGAAGCUGGUGGCGAGCGCGGACUUUGGGAUGUUGCAAUUGGUGGAGGGGCACUGCCAUCAGCCGAUGAAUACCGCGAUUAGGUUCCACGACGAAAGUUAGAUUGUAAGUGGAGUAAGGAAUCCAGUGUUACCAUUAAGUAGUUUACUUUACUUUUACUGCUCGUACAA